AUGUAUUGGACUUUCAUUUCCAAGCGAGUACUCUAAGAUUUAGAAUCAUUACCAAAUUCUAUUCCUGUCCAUAAAACAAUUAAUAAUUAAACAUCGAAAAUCAAUCAUUCAUUUGAAUUAGAUUCAAUAAAAUACUAUUCAGCAAGUAAAAUAAGAUGUUAAUCAACUCAUGAAAUAAGUGAAAAAAUGGUUACUUCAAAAUAUUAAAGAUUUCAUGAUAUAUAAAUAGAAUUUCCAAUGGUGAGAAAAAGAAGACUUGCGAAUAUUUUAUCAAAUCCAAAUGAUUACUGCUGUAAUUUUUUAGAAUCAACAUUUUUUAGAGAGAACAAGGCCAGGAAAAAAGGCAACAUUAGCAGGUACAAUCUUGAAGAAAUAUAAAGAUAUUCGUUUAUCUAAUCCUAAUAAUGAUAAAAUAUUGCAAAGUUCUUUUUAUACGUAUUAAAUGAAUCAUCAUUAGAUAAGAUAUGAUGGGCUCAAGAAGAAGUAUCAACAUGAUUCAGAGUUAAUAGAAACUUAUGGAUAGAUAAUGUUCUAAUGGUAGUUCUUCACCUAAAAUACCUACAACAAUUAGUCCUAUUACUCCUAUUACUCCAACUACAUCAAAAUAAUGUAUUAAAUUUUAUUAUUUAGAAUAAUAAUAUAUAAUUCGUUCUAAAUUAGGAUAAUCUGUCGAUCUAGAAAAAAUUAAACCUCCUCGCUAAUUAUAGCCUUUGUCAGAUAUUUUAAGUUGUUCUCCUAGAGCUGCAACUAGACAAGAAGCUUUAAAAAUUUCGCAUCAUAAAACAAAUUCUUCUCAUUCUACAAAUUCAUUAUACAUUAUGAAUAAAGUAUAUGGAAAUGUGAAGAAUAAAAAUCUGCCUAAAUCAAUAUUCAAAGUUAAAUGA